CGACCGCUCACCGCGAGAGUGAGAAAAUUCAUGAAUUCCAACCGAAAUUGAGUUGUUCAGUGCAGUAAUUUUUAGGAUACUGUUUGGUUUAAAAGUUUAAGGUUCUUAAUUGGUUUUUGCAGGAUGGCGGAAAAAAUUCAAUACUAUUUGGAACGUAGUAUUCCUGAAUUGGAAGACUUGUUAGAAAAGAAAAUUUUCAACCAAGAAGAAAUCAAUAGCAUUGUAAAGUCUAGGAGAGAUUACGAAGGAAAGCUUGCAAGACGACAAGUAAAAUUGACUGACUUUUUGAGUUACAUCCAAUAUGAAAUGACUUUGGAGGCACUCCGUAAAAAGCGUCAUAAGAGAUUACAAAUUAAGGGAAAAACGACUGUUAGUGAUUAUGCUGGUAUGCGAAAGAUUCUGUAUUUGUUUUUGAGAGCUACCAACAAAUUUUUCGGUGAUGCAACUCUUUGGUUGGACUAUAUCCAAUAUGCAAAAUCAGUACAUGCAACCCAUAUCAUAGGUAAAAUUUGUGCUGCAGCUCUUCAGAAGCAUCCUAACAACAUUCACUUGUGGUUGGUAGCAUGUGAUAAUGAGUUUACUGAGAAUGCAAACAUGCCAGCUGCCCGUUCGCUGAUGCACCGUGCACUAAGGUUGAACAAGGAAAACCCUAUUCUUUGGGCUUCCUAUUUCCGUCUCGAGCUGGCUUAUAUGGCGAAGUUGCAUUAUCGUUCUGAAAUCCUCUUGGCUGCUAAAUCAGAGGAGGAAGGAGGAGCCUCUUCGGCUCCUGCUGCUGACUCUUUGGAUAGUGAUCAUAUCCAGCUCCCUUCUAUAUCCAUGGAAGAAUAUUUAGGGGAUGGAAAUCAACAAGCCAGUGGUGUUAACGAAACGGUCACUUCUGCUAUGAAUGCCGAGGACUCCACCGGUUCCGCUGACCAGGUUGAGAAAUAUGCGAAUGUUCUUUUCACAAUAUAUUCUACUGCCACGGAGAGCCUUCCCAAACGAGAGAGCAUUGAAUUUCUCGUCGCUGUUCUUGAUCUUUUAUUUGAGUGCGCUACCAUUCCUGUAGCUAGAUAUCUUCUAUCUGAAAAAAUGAUUGAAAUCCUUGAAAGUUCAUUGGAUGAGUAUAAGUCUGAAGGAGGAGUUACCUAUGGUGCUUUAUUACAUCGCUGGAGUGUCUACUCAAUCUUUUGUAAAUUCAAUGGCAUUUUCCCCGCAAAUGCAUCGUUAUUACCGUCCAUGGGUGUUUUCGCUUCUUCAGCUCCUAAUCCUGACCUCAUUAACCAAGUGGUUCAGGAUCCUGAGUUUGUUCAUGAUUUAGAAUUGUCAAUCCAAAAGUAUCAAGCUGUCGUUUCUGACUUAGCCAUUUCGUCAAGCUCAAGGCAAGAGUUCUAUAAGUUGUUUAUCCAAACAACUUACGAAAUUUCGUCUCUACCAGCCACGGAAAGCUCCGUUACACUUGCUCUUAACAUGUUGACAAACAGCGCGUUUGAAAAAUUGAAGGAGCAGCCAUACUUUAAGUUUGACGAUUAUUUACAAAAGCUUUAUGAAGAAAUUCAGAUCCGCAAUGGCGCUUUGGCAGAAACUGUAGCUUAAAAAGGUUAUUCCAUAUGUGACAUGGAACAUUUUUUCUUUUUUUUUGGAUUCUCUUUGGCGCGGUAUGUUUUAUGGCACUGGGCAUACACUUUUUAUAUAAAUAGAUAAAGGUUUGGGUUUGGUUAAGAGUAUUAAUUUAAUUUAAUUUAUAAAAAAUUGAAUUCAUUG